CUUUAUAUCUUAUCUUCCUCUCCCUCUAUUUCCACCAAGUUUCCUCUUCUGCAAGUGGACCUUCUAGUUGUGUGUCUAUAUAUAUAUACACAUAGGGUUUGUUCAUCAAAUCCAAUUUCUUAGCCAAGUCUUGGUGGGUUUGAGAUUUUAUUGCUGAAAAGGUCAAAAAGCAAGAAUCUUUGAUCUGGGUUUUGCUUGGAGAUUAAGGAGGACAACUAGUUCGAUAUCAAAGGAAAUGGAUUAUACUUCUUUGAUUGACACUUCAUUGGAUCUUAACACUAAGCCUCUUAGGCUUUUUGAUGGUGCUUGUUUAAGCUUGCCAAGGGAGGUUGAAAGCAAUCCCACUGAGCUAAGGAUGGAGAUUUCAGCCAAACAAGAGACUGGUGCUCUGGUGGAGGAGUUGAAAAGGGUCAGUGCAGAGAACAAGAGGCUAACUGAGAUGUUGACUGUCAUGUGUGAGAAUUAUAAUGCUUUGAGAAAUCACUUGACAGAUUACAUGAACAAAAAUCGCGAAAAGGAGCAGAGUCCACCCAAGAAGAGGAAAUCCGAGAGCAGCAACAACAAUGACAAUCUGAAUCUUGGGAUUGUUGGGAAUAAUUCCGAGAGUAGCUCAACUGAUGAAGAAUCGUCCAAGAAACCAAGAGAAGAAGUCAUCAAAGCAAAGAUUUCAAGGGCUUAUGUCAAGACAGAGGGGUCUGAUCAUUCAAGCCUUAUUGUCAAGGAUGGAUAUCAAUGGAGGAAGUAUGGUCAGAAGGUCACAAGAGACAAUCCAUGCCCAAGAGCCUACUUCAAAUGCUCUUUUGCUCCAAGUUGUCCUGUCAAAAAGAAAGUCCAGAGAAGUGUUGAUGACCAAUCUGUACUGGUUGCGACUUAUGAGGGAGAGCACAAUCAUCCACAGCCUAAUAAAAUGGAAGCAACACCAAGCUCAACACGGACUCUGAACUUUGGCGCAGCCUCGCUUGGUUCAUCAGGACAGAUUAGCACGGUUGAAUCGACAAAACCUAAGUCCAAUGUUGAUGCCAAGAGUGCUGCACAACCAAGGACUGAAUCACCAGAGGUGAAACAGUUUUUGGUGGAACAGAUGGCUUCAUCGUUGACAAAGGAUCCCAAUUUCACAGCUGCUUUGGCUGCUGCAAUUUCUGGAAGAAUAUUUCCUCAUAAUCACAAUGGAAAAUGGUGAAAACCAGUUUUAUAUGUGUGUAUCAGUUAAGCUAUUUAGAGAGUAAUCAAAGUUUAGUUAGAUAAGAUUUGUAUAUAUACAAACCUUGAAAAGAGGGAAAGAAAUUUCCAUGUCGAUUUCAAAUUUGUUCUGUAAAGAACAAAUGUAUUUCUGCAGAAGGAAACAGGAGCAACACCUGCAAUGAACCGCUUGAGUUGAUCCAUGGUUCUUACUUAUUUAACAUUGAUGGAUCGUACAUGUUGCUUGAUCU